UCCCAACAUUGGCAAAUGUCUAAUCAUUCAAUCACCUUUGGUGUCAGUAGCUGUCCUCCUCCAUUUAUUUGGGUAAAGAAAAAGAGAUUGUCCCAACACAUUCAUCGACAUACAUCUGGUGGAGUACAGUUAUUUUUCCUUUCGGUUGAUAGAGAAGAAAAAUCUGGUAAAGUUGCAUGCACAACAAUAAUGGAGGAUGCUCUGCUAUCCGGGGAGGAGGAAGGGGGAGCCUCAGGGUUGCCAAAGAACACCAAAGUCAUCAUAACAGGAAACAAUAGGACCAAGUCUUUUCUUAUUGGUUUACAUGCUGUUGUCAAGAAUACUGCAGGUGUCCGAGGAUGGCAUUGGCUGGUACUUCCAAAUGGAUUAGAAGUGAAAUUGCAAAGAAAUGCCCUGAGUGUCAUUGAACUACCCAAUGAACAAGAGGAGGAUAAAUUGGCAGAAUUUGCUUCUUCUGACAAUAACAGCAGCAGCAUGGAUUUAGUUUCUGAUGAUUUUCAAAAGAUUCGCAAACCGAAAAUAAGGCCUCGUGUAUUAGUAGGUUCAAGCCGCAUGAACCAUGGUAGCCAAGUGCAAUCUACAGAUUCAAACAUUCAUUCCCAAGGGAUGCUGAAGGUGGAUCUCAGCAAAUUGGAAACCUCUGCCCUAUGGAGAUAUUGGAAACACUUCAAUCUUGUCGAUGUAAGUCCCAAUCCUUCAAAAGAUCAAUUGAUUGGCGCUGUUGAAAGGCACUUCAUUUCACAGCAAUUGGAUGAAUUUCAGGUGAUAAGUGGAUUUGUGCAGGCAGCAAAGCGACUGAAAACAGUUUGCAGUCAAAUACAUAGCUAAGCAAAAGGAAGAUCUCACAGAAGCUGAUUUCUAAAUAUUUCAUCUCGAAUGAGUGGUAGAUACAUGUAAUAUAUAUGCUUUUAUUAAGUUGCAUGUUAGAUUUUCUCAAAUGUAGGAUUUCUCUUGCAUUGCCUGAAUAGUUGAUGUAAAACUGCUUAUAUUUUACUCUUCAAUUGCCUCAAAUGAGCUUUAGCAAGGAAAUUCAAUUCUUUUCUCAUUUUCGUACUGCAACCUUUUGCUGGUGGCAUUCAUUUUGAAAGUGGAAUGUGCAAAUCCAGUGUCAUUACACAGCAUCAAAGGAUGGUUUUUUUGAGGAAAUGUAUCAUAAUGUCUGUUCAUACACAAAUUGUGAGUUGGCUUGAGAUGUAAUGUUUCUAAUGGACUUGACCAAGGUUUCACAAUA